AUGACCAAGGUUGAGCAGUGCGGCACAGGAGCCGCAUUCUGCCAAAUAUUCGAUUCGAUUUUCAUGGAUGUGACUAUGGCCCGCGUCAAAUUCAAUGUUAAUACCGAAUAUGCAUACCUCCAAAAUUUCAAGGUCCUUCAAAAUACUUUCAAACGGCACCAAAUCGACCGACCUGUCCCCGUCGAGCAACUUGUCAAGUGUCGCAUGCAGGACAAUCUCGAGUUUCUCCAAUGGGCCAAACGAUUCUGGGAUCAGCACUAUCCGGGCGGUGACUACGACGCCGUGGCUCGUCGCAAGGCUUCAGGCGGACCAGCGACAUCAUCCGCACCCGUGUCAGCAGCGCGCACCAGCAGCGCCGGUGCUCGACGAGGCGGCACCACACCGACAGGCGCAGCUGGCGUGCGAAGUCGCGUGGGAGCAGGAACAGCAGCGGGCCCAGGAACAGCGGCUUUGAACCAGGAGAUUGCGGCACAAAAGGAAGCCAUUGCUGGACUGGAGAAGGAACGCGACUUUUAUUUUGCAAAGUUGCGCGAUAUCGAGCUGUUGUUGCAGUCUGCUGUUGAGGCUGAUCCGGAGUUGGAGAAGGAUGAUGAUUCGUUGGUGAAGCAUAUUCAGGGUAUUCUUUAUUCGACCGAGGAAGGAUUUGAGAUCCCCGCAGAAGAAGCAGAAGCAGCGGGAGACGAACUCGAGACGUUCUAG